UGCAACAAAGUUUAGCUUAGUGAUUUUCGCCAUAGUAGCGCGAGGGACGGCGGGUAUAUGUGUUGUUUCGAUUCUCUGAAUAUUUAGACAGAAUUACCAAGCACAGGUUUUCUAUCUUAGUAAUCUUAAAAUAACUGCAUUUAGCUAAAUACCACUACCUUCUGGUUAUAUAGUUUGUGUUCACAAUUUCAACCCGUACCUUACCUACACAUUUCGGCGCCGUAGGCUCGUUAGCACAGCUAACAUUUGCUAGCUAUUUUGUAAACAAGACCAAUAAGUUGGCUAUCUGUAAAAACGGUUGACCUAGUCUAUCACAUAACGUUACUAACUAACGUUAGGCAGAACAACGAAAACUAGCAAGUUCUACGAUUGCUCGUUUAUGUACGUUAGCUAUAUAUGGUUUAAUCUGGAUUGAUUUGGGCUGUUCCCGAGCUUGCCAUCAAACAGUGGUUGGCUAGCUGUGUUUCGAAAGAGUGGCUUUUCAUAGCAAACGGUACACAUUACAUGAUGUAACGUUAGGCUACUACGAUAUUGACUAAGUUAGCCAACAAACAGUCAUUAUUCCGUAUAAAUUACUUAAUCGCAAUUUUGGUCAGCUAAGUAACCAAGCUUGGCUCACUGUCUAUUUGACUGGUUUCGUAAGUUUCACCUUGUUCAUUAGCAAGCUAACCGUUAGCUAGCUAGCUACCUGGCUAGUCUUUUUGCUGCACCAACUGACGUUCCCUCAAGCGAGCAGUAAGUUACUUGUUAUCGAAUAUUAAACUACGCCGACAGUGAGCCAGCAGUUGUUAUCGACUUUGACUGGUUUACCAGCCUUAAAGGAAAGAAAAGCAUAGUGUCAUGCCGAAAAGGCAUUUGGGGCCUCACAAGUCUCUUUUCUCUCAUUCCCAAGCCGCGGGGCUUUCGCAUGGUUACCACUCGAGAAUGAAUGUCGCAAAAAGUGGGUAUCGUGUCUUUUCUGCUAACUCAACCACAGCAUGUACGGAACUGGCCAAGAAGAUCACAGAGCGUCUUGGUGUGGAACUUGGGAAGUCUGUGGUCUACCAAGAGUCAAACAGAGAGACCAGAGUAGAUGUGAAAGAAUCCGUUCGGGGGCAGGAUAUCUUCAUUAUCCAGACUAUACCCAGGGAUGUGAACACUGCGAUCAUGGAGCUGCUAGUGAUGGCCUAUGCCCUCAAGACCUCAUGCGCAAAGAACAUAAUAGGCGUGAUUCCUUACUUCCCUUAUAGCAAGCAAUGCAAAAUGCGCAAAAGGGGUUCCAUAGUAUGCAAAUUGUUGGCGUCUAUGCUAGCUAAAGCAGGAUUAACACACAUCAUCACCAUGGAUCUGCAUCAGAAAGAGAUCCAGGGCUUCUUCAGUUUCCCUGUAGAUAACCUGCGAGCUUCUCCGUUCCUUCUGCAGUUUAUCCAGGAGGAGAUCCCCGAUUAUCGAAAUGCCAUUAUUGUUGCUAAGUCCCCGUCAGCUGCCAAAAGGGCUCAGUCUUAUGCGGAGCGGCUUCGGCUGGGCCUGGCCGUGAUGCAUGGGGAGGCUCAGUGCUCUGAGUCUGACAUGGCCGACGGCAGACACUCUCCCCCCUCUGUCCGCAACACCACCGGGCACCCGGGGUUGGAGCUGCCGUGGAAGCACCAAGCUCCGUUCCCUGGCAUAGAGCUCCCAAUAAUGAUGGCAAAAGAAAAACCACCCAUCACAGUGGUGGGAGAUGUGGGAGGAAGGAUUGCCAUCAUUGUUGAUGACAUCAUCGACGACGUGGAGGACUUUGUCGCCGCCGCAGAGAUCUUGAAGGAGAGGGGGGCGUACAAGAUCUACAUCAUGGCCACGCACGGCCUGCUGUCUGCCGACGCCCCUCGCCUGAUCGAGGAGUCCGCCAUCGAUGAGGUGGUGGUGACCAACACCGUCCCGCACGAGGUGCAGAAGCUCCAGUGCCCCAAGAUCAAGACCGUGGAUGUCAGCAUGAUCCUGGCCGAGGCCAUCCGCCGCAUCCACAACGGGGAGUCCAUGGCCUACCUCUUCCGAAACAUCACUGUGGAUGAUUAGGGCGGGGGGCGGCCUGUCUCUCUCCUGUCCUUGUGUCCCCCUCCUCUUGUGUUCUUGCCUGUGCAGGGGCCGCUGUCCGCCCCGCCGCUGUUGUCCUUCAGAGCCAGUUUGUUUAAUCUUUUUUUCUAUAGCGUUUCCCGCCAUUUCGUGUUCUCGAGUCUUUUACUCGUAAGGAAUAAUUGCGAAGCAUAAAAAAAGCAGCCAAGUAUUUCUGCUGAGAGGGGCAAUAGCCAUCGGGUGUCCUGUCUGUGCUGUCCAUGCAGUUUAAGACUUGUAUGAUAAAGUCCUAACGUAUGUUAGCUCACUACGCAAGAAGUCACGGCUGCUCAAGUGUCAUACAAGCCUCUGUGAGUGUAUCGGUCCUGUAUGUUGCAGUGAUUGCAUUACAUGCAUUUUCCUCAGUUCUCUGGAGGAAUGGAGUGGUCUACAAUUUGGGUGGACCAGUUUGGAUCCCAGUGGGAGUGGAAAGGAACCUGGGGAUUAUCGCAUUGUACAAUUGGUUCUUCUGAACAAAAGCGUCUAUCUUAGCAUCCAACCCUGUUUUUCAUUUCUUUAAAAUUAUUAGCCAGUUUUCCCGCCUUUCUAGGACUUGCAGAACUUAGUGUGUGCGCGCCGGUGAUUUGUUGCAUCGUAUUGUGUGGUCAUAUCCAGCGUUGAGUGUCAGAAUCGGCCUGCAGCGCGGCAGUCUGGUGGAUUCAGGCCUGUGCGCUCUUGUUUUCAUAUGUUCCGUCUCUACUGAAUAUGCUGUGAUGAAGCAGGGGGGAGAACCCAAUCUGAGCACAGGAAGACUGCAUCCACUUCAAAUGGAAAUCCAACUGAAGCGUCUGUGUGUCUGGUCUUCGUGUGAACUUGUGUAUCUGUUUGUGUCUGCCUGGUGUCUAUAGACACAUGAUUUCUUUGUAUUCGCUGAGAAGGGCUGAUCAUCGUAAGUCUUGCAGAGUGUCAUCAUCACGAGCUUAUUUGUUUUGAACUUGACAGUUUGUGACAGUCUGGUGUUUUCAUGGCGACUGCUUGUGGGUCACGCACUUGAGCGAUGCCAGGGAACUGUGGUCCCGAUUUUAGUUUGGUACUCAAAUGGAAUGCAUUUAUUUUGUUGAAGCAUUUAACACACUUGUAGAUAGCCUUAAUUUUUUUAGAAUCUACAUUUCUAUGUGUUCUAAGCAUAUUCUAUGUUUCUGUGUGUUAUACCGGUUCUAAGCGUAUUCAAUUUGGCAUGAAAAGCAAUAUUAAGCCUGGUGAACUCAUACAUAUAAAUACUUAGUUAAACUGUGGACACAUUUAGGCCCGUCAGUAAUGCCUAUGACUUGAGUCUUAUUUUUGCCUUGUCAUUCCCAGGUACGGUGUCCUGGCCUAUCAGGAUGUUAUGCUGUUUUCUUAUCAGUGAUUAAGCAAAGCUGACAAUUUCUUGAAGUGUCAGUUGUACAUUUCAGAAUUUGAAUUGAGUUCAAUAUUGGUUUUUCAAAUGGGGUGCAUCAAAUUUAGCCAUUGUUUAAAAUACAUAUUUUCCUGCUAUUCGCCUGCAAUCCCUCGCAGUUUUCAUUUUUGGCAAACCAGUGUUUACAGCUGAGGGGGUGGUUCAGGCCUUGGAGAAUGUUCUUUUUUCAUGUCUCUAUGCAAGAGAACGCUGCUGGAUGAAGCGUAACCGAUGUCUUCAUAGAUCAUCAGUUAUCUUGUCCUGAUUCCUAAAGCAGUAUUUUUCCUGCUGAUAUCACCACAGUCAUCUUCAGCGUCUGGUUCAAAAGCACUACACUAGAAAUUGCCAUUUUUGCACUGCAGUUUACAUUUGUUUUAUUUUCUUUCUUUUUUUUUAUUUUUAUCUAUGCUUUUCGCUGUGCCCUAUUGUCUAAGGCACAACAUCUUUCCUUUAUGUGUAUACUUCGUGUAGCUUCUAGCAUGUCAUCAAUGUAAGGACGUUCAGUAGAAUGGGCUUUGUAAGAGCUGAGUGUUUGUAGUCAUCUAAAUAAAAUGAAUUUUAUUUGCAUAA